CAGUCCUCCUCCAUCACAUUUCAUAGGAGCAAACAAUAGCUGCGUUUGCGUGUGGAAAUACUUAACACUUUUUAUGUUUACUUGUUCCAUUACGUGUAAAAGUGAAGCAUAGUGUGCGUGCGAGUUCAAGGCUGGGCGUGGCUUGCUUUUCCUGCGCAUGUUUCUUUCUCUUCAGUUGCUGGCUGCUAGUCAAUCCGGAAGACAAACAGUAGGAGCGUCCCACCGACGAAACGAGCAAGGUCACACCUGAAGUGUAACCAUGUGGCCAAAUCAAGGUCCAUCCAACCCAGCCUUCCCUCCUGGCUACAACCCUGCAUACCCCGCCGUCCCACCCGCAGGAGCCUUCCCCCAGCCCCCGCGUCAACAGUUUUUACCUGUCCAGUAUCCAGCGGGCGUCAACCCCGCCAUGAUACCCAAAGCACCCUCGGGUGCGAUGCCAUACCCUGGUGUUCCAGUGCCACACUCCUACCCUGUGGCACCUGGUGGGUAUCCGGUUGCCCCCAUUGGAGGCGUCCAAGCCGGUGUGUACCCACAUUCCCCCAAAGGCCACCACCAUAAAACAAAGGGCCAGCACCACAAAAAAGGUCAUCACUACCAUGGCGGGGUCAACCCCCUCAAUCCCUUAAGCGGGGUUCUAGGUGGGGGCUUGGCUGGCAUGGGCAUGGGCAUGGGAAUGGCGGGACAUAAAUCCCACAAGAAGUUGAAGAAGGGGAAGAAACUAAAGAAGGUGCACAAGAUGCAUGGGCACCACAAACAUGGCGGCAAGUCCUCCAGUAGCAGCAGCAGCAGCAGUAGUAGCAGCAGCAGCGACUCCGACUGAGGCCAUCAUUCAAUGUAUAUACUGUACCCUAUACCACCACACGAUUAUAACAUGGAUAACUGCUAAAAGGCAUUAUAGCAAUAAAAAAAAUGAUGCGGGAUUUCUGUGUAUAUACUAUAUACCUCCAUGGACAUAUAAAGGGGCUAGCUGCUAAAAGAUUAUUCAUGAAUACUUCAACAAGAUUUGUGGAGUAAUGCGGGUCACUCUUUUACGGGCUGUGUUUUGUAUUUUUCGAGAAGUCUAUCUCAAGGCAUGUUACCGCUAACAUGUUAGUUACUGAUUGUCGUAUCACUGUUUUGAAAUUAAUCCAUGAAAACAAUCUUUAAUUUGGUGAUCGCUUACAAUAAAUGUAUAAAAAGCUA